AUGGCAGAAACACACAUUUUAGUCCCAGAAAAUGAGUGGUUGAGAUCAAUAAUAAGUGAUGAGCAGGGAGUGACCAUUAGCCAGCUGCCAAGGCCUACAAUUCCAAGGGUUCCGCUGAUAUUUAGUGGGAUUGAUCAAUCCAACAAGAAAUGUUAUGAACCCUUGUUGGUCUCCAUUGGUCCUUACCACCAUGGGAAGCUUCCCGACUACCAAGAAAUGGAGAAUUCCAAAGUCACAAUGGCGCGCCAAUUUGUCCAACAGAGUGGGAAACACAUUGAAGAUAUUUACAAAAAGGUGGUAGAUUUGGCUGAACAAGCGAGAAGAUGCUAUGCUGAGGAUGAAUCAUUUAAACUCGAUGAAUUCACUCGGAUGAUGUUUCUUGAUGGUUGCUUUCUAAUCCAAUUCAUGCACUGCCUACUUGAUGACCAUGAAAGUCUGAAGAUGACUAGUCAUGCUGCAGCAAUGGUUACACGAGACGUGCUCUUACUAGAGAACCAACUCCCUUUUCUAUUCCUCAAGUCAUUGAUGAAUUUGAGAUUCGGAAAUGAUGAAAAAGGGAUGAAAUUGAUCAAAGAUUUUAUCAAGCACAUUCGAGCAAUGCCCCGUCAAAGAGACUCAUGCAGGAAAAAGAUAUCGAAGUUCUUCAGCAAAACUAUUAAACGACUACUAGCAUCAAAUACCAAUCCAAAAGGCGUAACAGUGGAAGAAUACUCUGAUGCCGGUCAUCUUCUUGAACUCUUUCAUAUGCAUUUUGUUGGCAGGAAUGUCCCAAUUGAAUGUUCACGGACAAGCGUGUACCGUUAUCAUCCUGCAAUGGAUCUUAGAAGGGUGGGGAUCCAUUUCAAGCCUAGCAAGACAAAUCAAUUCACUGAUGUCCACUUCAAACCAACAUGGCUAGCUGGGAGGCUCCAAAUUCCUCCACUAACCAUAGAUGACUCGACAAAGUCGUUACUUCUAAACUUGGUGGCCUAUGAAGCAUGUACAUCCAACCAAGCACUUUGGGUCACUUCUUACAUAUGCUUCAUGGAUUCACUGAUUGAUCACCCUGAAGAUGUGAGAGAGUUGCGCUUACAGGGCAUCCUUCUCAUUACUCUAGGAAGCGAACAAGAAGUCGCAAAACUCUUCAACGAGAUAGCCAAUUAUUUAGUGCCCAAUCCUUACGCCUUCAAUAAAGUUAAAAAGGGCAUCGAAUCACAUUAUAGGAACACCUUCAAGCGAUGGAUCCUUCAUUACAAGGGUCCCAUUUAUACUGUGAUUUUCAAGUAUUCUUUUAUUUUUGGCCUCAUUAUCAGUGCCCUGAAGUACGUCAAGGUAUUUCCAACGGAACCCUUAUAUGGCGUCUGCAGAGUGCCCGCUACGAAUGUUACCCUAUACCCUUAA